CCUCUUCACGUGCCCCUGUUCAGCUUGUCAUGUGACCCUCUCUCUGUUUCAGACUCUCAGCUUCGUAGUAGACAGAGAGAAACCAACAGCGGGACUCGCUCAGGAGACGACUCAGCUUUUCCUCCAUUCCUUCUUCUUCAUUAAUCAUUCAUUUCAGCGACUGUUGACUUUUUCUCGCAAUUUCUUUGCGUUUCGAAUCCUUCCAGAGAUGCUUCAUUACUUGUAGAGCUACUCCUUUUGAUCUUCCUUCUCUUUACUUGCUUCAGUCUCUGCACUCGCUCUCGCAAUCCAUCUGUAUAUGUAAAACAACAAUCGGAAAACUAGUGAUGGGCUGCUUUCAGUCGAAAACCACCCAUAUAGCUUCUCCAGACCAAGAGCCUCUUCCACCUCAAGAACCCAAAGCAGAUCUCGCUAAUGGAGCCACUGACCUUGACCAUCACCAAGACCUAGACCAAGUUCCAACCUUCAGAGAGUUCUCUUUGGCGGAACUUCGAACCGCCACCAACGGAUUUAGCAGCGAUUUGAUAGUCUCUGAAAGUGGAGAAAAAGCUCCCAAUGUGGUUUACAGAGGGAAGCUAAACGCCAAUCGCCUUGUCGCUAUCAAGCGCUUCUCCAGGCUUUCUUGGCCUGACCCUCACCAGUUUGUGACGGAGGCUUCUGGAGUUGGCAAAGUUCGGCAUAAGAGAUUAGUCAACUUAAUUGGGUGUUGCGCCGAGGGAGAUGAGCGCUUAUUGGUGGCGGAGUUCAUGCCUAAUGAUACCCUUUCUAAGCAUCUCUUUCACUGGGAAAAACAACCAUUGCCAUGGGAAAUGCGCGUCAGAGUUGCUUACUAUAUUGCACAAGCACUUGGGCAUUGCAAUGCCCAAAACCGUAAACUUUAUCAUGAUUUGAAUGCCUACAGAGUCCUCUUCGAUGAGGAUGGUGAUCCUCGAUUAUCUAGUUUUGGUCUAAUGAAGAAUAGCCGGGAUGGGAAAAGCUACAGCACAAACUUGGCUUAUACUCCUCCAGAAUUUUUGCGGACAGGCAGGGUCAUCCCCGAGAGUGUGAUUUACAGUUAUGGAACUGUUCUGCUGGACCUCUUGAGUGGGAAGCAUAUCCCUCCAAGCCAUGCGUUGGACUUGAUUAGGGGGAAGAAUUUGUUGUUAUUAAUGGAUUCUUCCUUGGAAGGACAAUAUGCUAAUGAAGAUGCAACUGAAUUGGUGGAACUAGCCUCCAAAUGUCUACAAUAUGAGGCUAAAGAUCGACCUGAUAUUCAGUUUCUUCUCACAGCAGUGACACCCCUUCAGAAGCAGAAAGAGGUUGCAUCACUUGUGCUAAUGGGUCUAUCGAAAACACCUGUGGUGCUGCCAACCAUGCUUUCCCCACUUGGAAAGGCUUGUGUGAGAAUGGAUCUUACUGCAGUGCAUGAUAUCUUGCUUAAAACAGGCUAUAAAGAUGAAGAAGGUGCAGAAAAUGAGGUGGGUAUGCAGCUGUCAUUUCAAGAGUGGACUCAACAAGUGCAAGAUAUGCUGAACACAAAAAAAUUUGGGGACAUUGCUUUCAGAGACAAGGAUUUCAAAAAUGCUGUUGAUUAUUAUUCGAAGCUGGUAGCGAUGAUGUCUGUUCCCUCUGGUACUGUUUUUGUGAGACGAGCCCUAUCAUAUUUGAUGAUUGGCCAAGCAGAACUUGCCUUGAGAGAUGCCAUGCAGGCUCAGGUGUGCUUGCCUGAGUGGCCGACUGCAUUCUAUAUGCAAGCUCUUGCACUGUCCAAGCUUGGAAUGGAAUCUGAUGCUCAGGACAUGCUCAACGAUGGAGCCUCCUUUGAGGCGAAGAAGCAGAGCAGCUGGCGCAUUUGAAUUAGCUUUGUGGGUGGUGAACAUACAAAUCGAAUUCCUUAUCUCCCUGUAAUUUGCUAUGACAAGGACGUGAAUGGGAGCAAAUUUCACACGCUGUGAGGGUUAUUUUGGUAAAAUGCCCCCUCCCUAUCAUUAUACUAGUUUUCAUACAAAAAGAAAUGUAUAAAAUUUAGGGAAAUUAUUCAGUGCUUCGAGUGAACAUUUACCAUCUCUAAUAAUUAAGUAGGACGUGCUUUUUAAAUUUGAAGGAAACUUGGAACUUUUUAUGAGUA